UAAAAGUGUUAAUUGUUGCCCAGAGUUGCAAGUCAAUGUGUUGACCACAAUUAAUUAAAUUUCCAUUCCACAAUUAGUUCAAUUGUCAACUGGUCAACAAUCAAUUAAUUUUCUAUUCCAAUUAAAUCAAAGGUAAAAAAAGAGAGGAAAAGAAAAGUAAUUAAAUCGUAAUUGUCUAUUGGAACCUCAUCGUAAUCAUCAACUUUUAUCCACAUCAACCUUGAUUGUUAUCAAUUGUUUCAUCAUCACCAUCACCAUCAUCAUCAUCAAUUAAUCACUUGGUGAAAAAUGAGAAAAAAAUUGAACAAUUUAUUUAUAUUUACCUGUUUUCUACUUAUACAAACGGUACAUUCCGCUCACUAUCCUCAAGCACCUGAUGAUGAUGAAGAUUCUGAUAUCUAUGGGAGCGGCAAUGGUCCUGAUCCUGAAGGAGAAAGUGUUUUCCCAUAUGAAGAAUAUGGUAAACAUGUUAAUCGUCACAACGUAACCACAUCAACGCCAGCACCCGAAAAAAGCACAUCGAGGGCACCAUUCAGAUGGCCACCCUAUUCUUAUCAAUAUUUUAUCACAACACCUUCAUCACUAUUAUCACAACCUUCAUACUCUUAUCCUUCAUAUCCUGGAAGAUCCCGAGAAAUGCCAAUAACAAUCACCACCUCGACCUCUACCACGACCACAACAACAACAACAGCAGCAACCCCAAUUUCCCAUGUAAAAUAUUCAUGGCAAGAAUAUCAAUCAUCAAUGAACCAUGGAAAUUCAAUUGAUCGAGAUACGGUUUCGAUAAAAGUUUAUCCAACAAGUCAGAUAAUCUAUACAACCCAAGAAGUUGUCAUUAGAUGUCGAGAUGAAAGUUAUCGUCGAUUACCAGUUAUAUGGAGUCGUUCCGAUGGUAGGCCAAUGUCACCCGAAGCUAUCGAUAAAUCUGGUCGUCUCAUUUUACCAAAUAUCAAACUUUCCGAUGCUGGUGAAUACAAAUGUUCACCAAUAGAUCAAAAUUAUCAUUAUUUAUAUUCCAACAUAUCAAAGGUUAUUGUUUAUCCAAUUGAAAGCCUACGAUCUCAACAAAUGGCCUCAGGCUAUGAAGUUUUCCAAUGUCCAUCCAGUAAUUUAGAAACUUGUCCAGAGAGCACUAAAUGUAUUCCCAAGGCAUAUUUCUGUGAUGGUGAAUUAGAUUGUCCCAAUGGAAAAGAUGAAGAUAAUUGUGAAUCAUGUAAGUUAUAUCAAUUUAGAUGUCGAAAUGGUCAAUGUAUUGAUAAACCAAGAAGAUGUGAUGGAUCAACUGAUUGUCGAGAUGGUUCAGAUGAAAUUAAUUGCGAUAAUAAUAUUAAUCAAAAAGGUAAUGUUGUACCUUUACAAUUAUCAAUUGUACCACCAUAUAUGGACGUUGAACGAGGUGCUUUCGUUCAAUUUGCUUGUGCUUCGUCAAAUCCUGGUGCCCGAUUAGAUUGGGUCUUCGAACAAGGUGAACUACCAAGAACGGCUUCUGUUAUUGGUGGCACUUUGACCAUUCGAAAUGCCCAAGAAACUGACCAAGGAACUUACAUUUGUAUGGGAACUGGAACUUACGGAACUAAAGCUGAAGCAGAAGCAAGAUUAACCGUUAGAAGGCCACAAUCAAUGGUCACUGUGAAUAUCGUUCCAAGAUACGUUGAAAUUGAAGAAGGUGGUAAUGUCAUUCUGACCUGUAAUUCAUCGGCAACUAUCGGUAGUACUUAUAUUUGGUCUUUUAAUCGGCAACCACUUCCUCCUGGAGCUGAAACUAGCAAUAACAAUCAAUUGAGAAUCCGAUCGGCCGAUCAACGUCAUUCGGGUUACUAUCAAUGUAGUGUCCGAUCUCAAUAUGGAGCUGGUGAUGCGGCUGCUUUGGUCUCCAUUAAUCCAGUUUCAAGUGAACGUCGACCAGCAAUGCUUGUUAAACCUUCUCACGCCGAAGUACCGAUUGGUGGGUCUGCUCGAUUCCUUUGUAAUGCAACCGAUCCAAGACCAAACCAAAUUAUAUGGCAAUUUAAACGAGGCCCAUUACCUGCUGGUGCUCUUCAAUCCCGUGAAUUAUUAACAAUCAACCCAGUAAAUGAAGCUCAUUACGGUGAAUAUGUUUGCUUGGUAUCAAACUCUUAUGGACGAAAUCAGCAAAUUGUUGAACUUCACCGACCAAGUUCAUCAGGUAAGAAUCCAGUUGUAUCUACUGGUCCGCUAGUUGCCAUACAGCCUACGGAUGGAAUAAGUGUAGAAAUUGGAGGUUUCGCUCGAUUAGAGUGUCGGUCAAGUGAUACUCCAGCCGAAAAUAUAAGAUGGACUGUUCCGGGACGAAGAGAUUUGCCUGAAGGUAUCACAAGCGUAAAUGGAAUCUUAAUGAUCCGAUCCGUUACCGAGGUUCAUUAUGGUGUCUAUACAUGUGAAGCCACUAACCACCUUGGAACAACUCUAGAAAUGACUGAAAUACGUCGACCCUCAUUGAAUCCAAACAUAUCACCACCCUAUCGACCAGUCACAGGUCCAAUCGAUGCAACAAUCGAACCACAACAACAAACAAUUGUUCAAAGUAAUUCAGGAAUCCUUCGAUGUAUGGUAACAGGUUUACAAAUUCCAAAUAUAAUUUGGUCUAAAGUUAAUGGAGUUUUGACCGAACGACAUCGUAUCGAUGGUGAAAUAUUACGAAUUGAAGAUGCCGUAAUUUCUGAUCGAGGUCUUUAUGUUUGUAAAGUUGAAUCUCCACCAGGAACUGUUGUAGCUCAAGGAUCGGCUAUCGUUGAAAUUGAACCUCGAGAAGCUCCAAUUGUGGAGAUUUAUCCAUCGGUAUCUCAAUCUAUUCCAGUUGGAGGUUCGGCACUUUUCCAAUGUCGACUCACUGCUGGUAUUCCAGAGCCUAAAAUUCAAUGGACCCGAGCCGAUAAUUCACCUUUCACAACAACCACCGAAACUAUCGAAGGUGGUGUAAUCAGAUUCCUCCAAGUUACUGGACCUGAAGAAGGUGUUUACAAAUGUACCGCUGAAAACAUCGCCGGUCGUGUUGAACACGAGGUAACACUUCGAAUUGAGAGAAGUGAAAUUCCAGUAUCUCCACCCAGACCACCUUAUCCUCCCCGUCCAAGGGAGCCUGAAGAUGAAAAUGAUCGACCCGAAUAUCCACCAAGGCCAAGUACUAAAGUUUCCGUCAAGAUUAGCCAACGAUCACCAUUAAUGAUUAGAGAAGGUGAACCUUUGGUGUUAGACUGUAUUGCCGAGGGCUCAGUGGAUGCUCAGGUUAUUUGGUUGUCCAAUUCAAAAGGUCAAUAUAUCACAAAACCAUCAAUGCGACGAAAUGUUUACCAAAAAUCAGACACAACAUCCGAAGAUACCGGAGAUUAUCAAUGUAUGGCUCACUCUUCAGUUGGAACUACUCGAGAAACGAUUCGAGUAAUGGUCGAACCCAAUUCUGGAUCUCAAACUAUCCCUCAUCGUAACCCCUUACAACCGACAGUAACUCCUUAUGAAUCGAUUCGUAAUGUAACCUUGGGCGUUGGUGGAUCGACUGAGCUCAAAUGUCACGCCUCAGGUCCUGGUUUAGCUUCACCCACAAUGACCUGGACUCGGGAAUCAGGUCCACUUCCAGAAAAUUCAUUCCAACAACAAGGUACAUUGUAUAUUGAUAGGAUUACCGAGGAUAAUAGUGGUACUUACACUUGUACUGGUCGAGGAUCGAGUGGUGAAAUUGUUGCCAUCCAACGAGUACUUUUAAAUGUCCAAUCAAAGUUGACCCUUCACCUUGAUCCCGUUUCUCAAGUUGUCUCUGUUGGCCAACGAGUUGCAAUCAACUGUGUUGCCCCUGGAGCAGGAGCUGAACCAGUAGUGAUAACUUGGAAUCGUGAAGGAGCAUCAAUGUCAUCAAGAACCCGAAUCAUUGGAGGACAAUUGCUUUUCACUGAAAUAUCAACAACCGAUACAGGAAGUUACAUUUGCAAAGCAACAAGUUCCCUAGGAGAGGCUCGAGCUGUCGCUCAUGUCCAAGUUGGCUCAUCAUCAUCAUCAUCAUCAUCAUCAAGUUCCCAUCAAGACCAUUACCAGCCCAGUCCAACACCCGUCAAUCCAACUCCUUAUUAUCCACCAAACUAUGAAACUCGACCUCCUCAGGGUAAACGAGAAAUUGUUGACCAAAGGUCAAGUAAAACACUUUCCUGUGAAUUCCGUCGUCUUCCCAAUCAUAUAAUUCAAUGGGAAUUCAAUAACUUAAAAACAUUACCACCCAAUGUUGCUCCCUAUGGAAAUAACCUUGUUAUAUCAGAUAUUGGCAAAAUGAAUGAAGGACGUUACAUUUGCAAUGCCCAUUUACCAGGAUCCGAACGACCAAUUGAUCGUGACUUUAUUGAUCUAAUUGUUAGAGAUAUUUCAUCAUGUUCUCCUUAUGAGUUUAGAUGCUACGAUCAAUCUUGUAUUGAUAGAGAAUUGAGAUGCAACGGAAGGCCAGAUUGUCGCGACGGAAGUGACGAACAAUUCUGUCACGGUGAGGAGUUGCCUCCUUUGGAUUGUGAUGAUAAUUAUUCGCAAGACUCUUAUCCUCGAUCACCAGAUACCCGAUCACGUUAUCCAUCUGAUCCUCGGCCAUAUUAUCCUACUUAUCCCACUCAACCAUCUUAUUCUGAUCCUCGGUAUCAAUCUCAACAACCAGUUCGAGUUGAAGUUAAAAUUGAACCUAGUGAGCCAUUGGUUACCGUUAAUGACGAUCUUGAGUUACGUUGUCGUGGAGAUCAGCCUGAUUAUCGUUAUGAAUGGUUUAAAGAUUCCCAACCAGUUCGAAGUGAAAACAUCGAAAUAAAUCACAAUAUUCUAACUAUUAAGAAAAUCAAACCCGAAAAUGGUGGAGUUUACACUUGUAGAGCCAGAAAUCGUUAUGGAUUCGGAACUGAUGAUCAUGUUGUCAUGAUACAAAGAGUUUCACCUCAAGAUGACAUUAGGAUUGUCGAAGCUGAUCUUGGUUCAUCUGUUGGUCUUGACUGUCCACGAACUAUUUCUGGAGCUGCUUAUACUUGGUCUCGACCUAAUGGACAAUUACCCAAAGAGAUUGAAACAUCAAACGAACGGUUAAUUGUACGAAAAAUUAAACCAAAUUUCGGUGGUCAAUAUGAAUGUACAGCGAAAUCUGCUCAAGGGUCAACAGUAUCUUUCGUCUCAUUGGUAGUUAAAAAAGUUAUCCCUCGAUUCCGACGUGAUCACAAUUCACACAUUAGAUUAUCAGCUAUCCCUGACCCAGAGAAAUCAUUUGAUAUUGAAUUAGCUGUUAAGCCAGAAUUUGGUGAAGGUGUCAUUCUCUACUCUUCGGGUCCCGUUAAUCCAUCAAAUGGUCAACGAAACUUUAUCUCCAUCACUUUAAGUCGAGGUUUUCUGGAGUAUCGAAUUCGAAGUGGAUCAGCUGCUGCGGCGAAAUUGAAAUCAACUAAACCCUUACCUCUCAACGAAUGGACUAAAAUCGUUAUAACAAAAGAUGGACCUAAUGUUGUCCUUUUAAUCAAUGAUGCGGCUGAAGUUCCGGUUACAUUGACCGGUGAUAAUCUGGAUCUUAAACUAGGUGAACCACUUUACAUCGGAGGUGUCCCAAGAGAGACUGAAAUAAUAUCGGAAGCAGGUUAUCUUGAAGGCUUUAAUGGUUGUAUGUCUAUCCUUAAAAUCAAAGGUCGGUCCGUUCUGAUGGCCGAUGAAGGUGAAAUUUUCAGUGUAUCAUCUUGUUCAACUUGUUCAUCUGAAGUUUGCUCAGGUCACGGUGCUUGUCACGAAGAUGCUUCAGUAACAACGGGCUUCCAAUGUAUCUGUCACCCUGGUUUCUCUGGUUCUAACUGUUCAGCCAAUGUAGAUGCAUGUAAAGAGGGUUCAUGUGGCCUUGGUAAAUGUAUCAAUCGACCUGAAGGUGGUUAUGAUUGUUAUUGUCCAUAUGGACGAACCGGACUUCGUUGUGAACGGGAGAUAACGAUUCGUCGUCCAUCUUUCGGGGGUAAAUCAUUCGCAGCAUAUCCAUCACCUAAGCCCAUCACAGCCGAAACAAAACUCGAGGAAGAGGAAACCGCUGGCACUCCAAAUAAACCAAUGCCACAAUUACAGGUUAAAAUGCAAGUAAAACCAAGCCCAGAAAAAGAGGGUAUAAUCAUGUACUCAGGUCAAGACGAUUCGGGUAAAAAUGAUUUCGCAGCGAUCGCGAUUAAAAACAAGGCCAUUGAAUUUUCUUUCGAUGCCGGAUCGGGACCUGCAUUCAUCAGAAGUGCCCCAUUGGAAAACUUUGACGAUUUUGUUACCUUUAAAGUUUCCACCCAUGAAAAUAUCGGUAUUUUAACGGUCAACGGUAAAGAAUACACCCAAACUGCCCCAGGCCCAACUAAAAGUUUACAAUUAGAAACACCAGUUUACAUUGGUGGUUUUGAUCAGCAGAAAAUGAAAUUACCAAGAUCACUUAAUAUUUCCCAUGGUUUUGACGGUUGUAUUGCUCAUGUUGAAGUAAAUGGAGUCGCCAUUGACUUUGCAAGUCAAGUUUUGGAUGCAGCAAAUGUAGAUGAUUGUGGUCCCCAUGAUUCAUGUACUGAGGCUAAUCAACAAUGUCAAAAUGGAGGAACUUGUCAAGGUGAAUUAUGUGUUUGCCCAACAGAUUUCACAGGUCAACGUUGUGAGACAUCAAUUAAAUCUGAUGAAAGCCUAGGAAAUACACUCAACGCAACAACAGCAAUUACAACAGCGUCUUCGACAACAACAACAUCAAUAUCAACAGCAACAGCAAAUACUUCAUCAAUAACAUCAGAGACAAUCAAUUCUAUAGUAACAGCAACAAGCCAGCCAACGAUGGGAGAUGUAACCUUUUCCUCAACGGUUACGGAUGCAACAACUUUACUACCAACAGAAACCACCACGAACCCACCGGUCACACCAGAUGAGGCUUAAUAGGCUUCACCAUUGAUAAUUUAAUAUCAUUUGAAAAACAUUUACCUUUGUCAAUCUAACCAAAGUAUUAACAGUUUAAUUAGUUGAUUACAAUCAAAAACAUAACUAUCUAAUCAAACAAUUUUGUCAACAUCAUUGAAUUUGAUUAACUCUAAUCAAACCCAUUCACUUAUUUUGUUAAUUUUGUCUUUUAAUCACUUGAAAUAUUUGGACCGUUUUUUUUGCUGCAUUUAAAUUAAAAUUAAAUCGCUUACCUUAACUACUGA